AUGGGCCAGUACAAAAGGGCAGGAAGUGAUAGCCAUGUUAAAAGAUUAUUGUUGACCAAAUUGGAUGGAAUUGUCAAGGUCCGGACUGUUCGAGAAGCCCCGUCAGAGUGUGUCUGCCCCCCAGGCGUCCCUGGACGGCGCGGGAAGCCUGGAAGAAGAGGCGAUCCUGGUCCUCCUGGGCAAUCGGGACGAGAUGGCUACCCGGGCCCCCUGGGUCUGGAUGGCAAACCUGGUCUUCCAGGCCCCAAAGGGGAAAAGGGUGCACCAGGAGACUUUGGCCCCCGGGGAGAUCAAGGGCAAGAUGGAGCUGCAGGGCCUCCGGGGCCCCCCGGACCACCUGGGGCCCGUGGCCCUCCUGGUGACACGGGGAAAGACGGGCCUAGGGGGACUCAAGGCCCAGCGGGUCCCAAGGGAGAGCCUGGACAAGAUGGCCAGACGGGCCCUCAGGGACCCCCAGGACCCAAGGGGGAGGAUGGGACACCCAGCCAACCAGGGCCCCCCGGACUCCCAGGGCCCAAGGGUGAGCCCGGCAGUGUGGGACCCCAAGGAGAGAGCGGCAUGGAUGGUGGCCCAGGACUAAAGGGUGAGCCUGGCCACCCAGGUGCCGACGGAGCCCCGGGGCCCCGGGGUCCCCAGGGCCUCAAAGGUGAGCAAGGAGACACAGUGGUGAUCGACUACGAUGGCAGGAUCUUGGAUGCCCUAAAGGGUCCUCCUGGUCCACAGGGAGCCCCAGGACCACCAGGGGUGCCCGGAGCCAAGGGUGAGCUCGGAUUGCCCGGCGCCCCAGGAAUUGAUGGAGAGAAGGGUCCCAAAGGACCAAAAGGGGACCCAGGAGAGCCUGGGCCAGCCGGAGCCAAAGGGGAAGCCGGCGAGAUGGGCUUGUCGGGCCUCCCGGGUGCUGACGGCCCCAAGGGAGAGAAGGGAGAGUCAGCCUCUGAAAGCCUGCAGGAAAGACUGGCCCAGAUCAUAGUGGAGCCAGGCCCCCCAGGCCCCCCAGGCCCCCCAGGUCCCAUGGGCCUUCAGGGGAUCCAAGGUCCCAAGGGCUUGGAUGGAACAAAAGGAGAGAAAGGUGCACCAGGCGAGAGAGGACCCCAUGGCCUGCCUGGACCUGUUGGCCCACCAGGCCUUAUUGGACUGCCAGGAACCAAAGGAGAGAAGGGCAGACCUGGGGAGCCCGGACUCGAUGGUUUCCCUGGACCCCGAGGAGAGAAAGGUGAACGAAGUGAACGUGGAGAGAAGGGGGAACGGGGUGUCCCCGGCCGGAAAGGAGUAAAGGGUCAGAAGGGAGAGCCGGGCCCUCCAGGCCUCGACCAGCCAUGUCCUGUGGGCCCUGAUGGGCUGCCCGUGCCUGGCUGCUGGCAUAAGUGAUCCUCAAGACACCGCUCACAACCUAUAUAGAUCCGUG